AUGCAUUGUCUUUAUCUUCUUGAUGGACGUUUCAAUCGUUUAUCAACAUUAAUAAUCGAUAUAGAAGAAAUUUCUAUUUCAAUAGCAACUAUAGAGAACUUGAAACAACUUUCGAAAUUAAAAUGUUUUUCAUUGAUCUCAAUCGAACAAACGAGGUUUUAUGAUGAUCAAAUUGUUCCAUUAAUUCGUCAAAUGUCAAAUCUUGAAGAACUUACAUUAUUUCUUAUAAUAAAAAGAUAUGAUUCGUCUUAUAUCGAUGGUAUACAGUUAUACGAUCAAAUUCUUAUUCAUAUGCCACGAUUAAACAAAUUUACUUUUAGUAUAAAUACUCUAGUUCAUAAUAGAUAUGUCAAUAUCACUCUUCUUUCGAAUGAUGAUAUUCAACGUAGUUUUAUUGAAAGAAAAUAUCAACAAGUUGGUUCAUAUGCUGAUGAUAAUCUAAUAGAGUAUGAAGCUCCGUGUCAUAUUUAUUCGCUUCCAUAUCAAUUCGAUAACUUUCAUCAUUUGAACAAUUCUUUUCAAGGUGGUAUAUUUGAAAAGGUUAAUUGGGUGAAAAUGACCGAUACACGUCCUUUUGAACAUGAAUUUUUCAAAUUUAUCUCAGA